CCGACUGCAUGACCUUGGCGCUACCCUGAUAGACAUAAUUCUCCAACGCAAAGUCAAUCGCAAGUUUGACCUCAUGGUCAAAACAUUUCACUUCGUCAAUGCCGCAUCCGAUGAUCGGAAAGAGAGAAAAGAGAUCCGACGCCAUGUUAUGAUGGGCAAGAAUGCGGGCAAAACAAUCCAUCGCCCUUCCAAAAUCAAGGCACUCAAACAAAAGGAGCUGGAGCAGAGAAAUAGUAAGGGCUCUUUAGUGCGCAUAGCAAAGCCAGUCUCGGGUUGGUAUCCAACACCUUUUCCGAGAACAGACCCUCGAACCUCAGUGGAGACGGAGAUGAAAUCGAUGGCAUUUCCCGUUGAGCUGACUCCGCAAUACAUCGAGAUCAUCACAGAUUUUUUUGCACAUGUAGCAGAUGGAAUGUACCCUGCUCACAUUGGAGUUUCGUUAGAGGCUGCAAAAUGCACUUGGCUCCGUGUCAUGUUGUUAGACGAACACAAUUUUCAUUGCAGUGUUGCCUUGAUGCAAGCCUGCAACGCAACUUUUCUAUACGGAAAGUGGGAUGCGCUGGUGUCUGCAACGUUUCUGACAAGCAGCAUAUCACACGUCCGGAAGAAGAUUGAAAGUCCAGACGCUCUGUCUUGCUCUACAGUAGCCAUUGUGCUAUCAUUAGUAACCCAAGAGCAGUUCAGGAAUGAACACGAAGCUGCGCGAGUGCAUUUGGGUGGUCUCGUGCGCAUGAUCAAUCUUCGUGGGGGGCUCGAUACCCUGAAAGAAACACCACAAGUGCUUUUAAAAGCCUGCAAAACCGACAUACUAUUUUCGCUUGAGUAUGGGAAUGCACCCAUAUUCUUUCGGGAUCGCAUGGCUGACAUUCGCCGGCUACACAAACUACAAGACUCGGUGCAUGAUUUGACCACCAUUCCCUGCAUCGUCCAGCAUUGUCCAGAUACACGUCUUUCUACUAUUAUCAUCGAUGUAUUUGAUACUUGCAAACUUUUCAACGACCCUCAUCACCAAUACUUCGAAAUCGACCUCGAAUCCUAUCAAGAAAUCAUUGUCUCUGUCUCGUAUCGCCUUCUCACGUUACGUCACAUCCAUCAACAACCCCUGUCCUCAACCCCCGAAACUCUAUAUCAGCUCGGUCUGAUCAUAUUCAUCAUGAUUCUAUUUUUGCAAUACGGUCGGCGACGGCUCCAUCGCUUUGCCAGAAUCUCGGGAUUGCUUAAACAUGUACUGGAGCUGCACUCUGUGCAAUCUGACAAAGACUUGACAUUGUGGCUCAUGAUAACAGGAGGCAUAUGGAUGAUGGAUGGCGUCUGGACCCUUGAUGCGCAUAGUGGAGAUUGGCUUCCACCUCUGAUAUCAGGGUUGGCCAAAGAGAUGGGUCUUCAAACCUGGGACGACGCUCGUUCACAUAUCAUAAAAUAUCCUUGGAUCUAUAAAUUGCUUGACGGCCCAGGUUCAGAGAUCUGGGAACGGGUACUGGCUUUUAGGAAGAAAUCCAAUGAGUAG